CCCUUUCACUACCCUGUUUUCCUUCCUUGUCUGCUUCAUUUUCCUUUGCAUCUUCUUCUUUCUCACUAGAUCCUCUUUCCUUAUUCAAGUACCUGUCAAGGUAAAACAGAGUUUAAAAAUGGUAAAGACGGCCUCCUCGCCUCCAUCUUCUCCGGUUACAAUCACAGUCUCAUCAGGAGGUAAAGGAGGCGGGAUUAGAAGCAGCAUAGGCUUGACUAGUCCAAUACGGAGGGUUUCUUUACCAAAGAACCCCAAUUCGCCUCUCAGUGAAGCCAACCGGACCUCAAGUGCAGGCAGAUACUGCUCAACAUCAAAAGAUGAUGAUGCUACAGAGGAGGUCAAUUCAGAGUUUGUGACUUACACCGUCCAUAUACCACCAACUCCUGAUCACCAGUCUAUAGCAGCCUCCCAAUCCAGUCUUCAAGAGGAGAAGACGAGGCCUGACCGGAGCUUCAUUUCGGGUACUAUUUUCACCGGUGGGUUUAACUCUGUAACUCGUGGGCAUGUCAUCGAGUGCUCCAUGGAACAAUCUGAGCUCGUGAAGCCCGGAUUAGUUUGUGGGAUGAAGGGGUGUGAUGAUAAAUCAAUGAAGCAGAAGUGUGAGUGUGCAUUCAAGAUUUGCAGAGAAUGUUACUUGGAUAUCAUGAGAUCUAAUGGAAACGGGCAUUGUCCUGGCUGCAAGGAACCGUAUAGGGAUGUUGGUGAUGAUUGCACAAGUGAAGAUGAAGAUGAGGGCAUGUCUGAAGCAGAGGACCAGGCUCUGCCAUUGCCUUCCAUGGCCGAUUUCAAGUUGGAUAAGAGGCUUUCGCUUGUAAAGUCAUUCAAGGCACAAACCCAACCCCAAGAUUUCGAUCAUUCGCGUUGGUUGUUUGAGACCAAGGGAACUUAUGGUUAUGGGAAUGCAGUCUGGCCCAGAGACGGAUUUGGUUCAGGUGGUAAUGGGUUCGAAAACCCUCCCGAUUUCAGGGAGAGAAGCAAGAGGCCUUUGACAAGGAAGAUUGGGGUUUCGGCUGCAAUUCUCAGUCCAUACAGGUUACUUAUUGUGAUACGUCUUGCGGCCCUCGGGCUCUUCCUAACAUGGAGAAUUCGACACCCCAACCGGGAUGCAAUGUGGUUAUGGGGAAUGUCAAUAGUUUGUGAGCUGUGGUUUGCCCUUUCAUGGAUUUUGGAUCAGCUGCCUAAGCUCUGCCCCGUAAACAGAGUGACCGACCUUUCUGUUCUGAAGGAGCAUUUCGAAUCCCCUAACCUUCGAAAUCCAAAGGGACGAUCAGACCUUCCGGGAAUCGAUGUCUUUGUUUCCACUGCAGACCCAGAAAAAGAACCCCCGCUUGUUACAGCAAAUACAAUUUUGUCAAUCCUUGCUGUUGAUUAUCCUGUUGAAAAGCUUGCUUGCUACUUAUCUGAUGAUGGAGGAGCACUCUUGACAUUUGAAGCAUUAGCUGAGACUGCUAGCUUUGCAAGAAUUUGGGUUCCAUUUUGUCGCAAACAUGGGGUAGAACCAAGGAAUCCUGAGACAUAUUUUGGGCAGAAGCGCGACUUUCUUAAGAACAAAGUGAGGCUUGACUUUGUUAGGGAGAGGAGAAGAAUUAAGAGAGAGUAUGAUGAAUUCAAGGUGAGGAUCAACUCACUGCCUGAAUCAAUUAGGCGACGAUCCGAUGCUUACAAUGCCCACGAAGAGCUUCGAGCGAAGAAGAAACAGAUGGAAAUGGGGGGCAAUCCUUCUGAAUCUGUUACAGUUCCAAAGGCCACUUGGAUGUCAGAUGGUUCUCACUGGCCUGGAACUUGGACUUCUGCAGAAAGAGAUCACUUGAGAGGAGAUCAUGCUGGUAUUAUUCAGGCAAUGCUGGCUCCACCAAAUGCCGAACCAGUUUUUGGAUCAGAAGCAGAUGGGGAGAAUCUGAUUGACACAACCGAAGUUGACAUAAGAUUGCCAAUGCUGGUGUAUGUAUCAAGGGAGAAGAGACCAGGUUAUGACCACAACAAGAAAGCUGGGGCUAUGAAUGCUCUUGUUCGAACUAGUGCAAUCAUGUCUAAUGGUCCAUUCAUCCUUAAUCUUGACUGUGAUCAUUACAUUCACAACUCUUUGGCUUUGAGGGAAGGAAUGUGCUUCAUGCUGGAUAGGGGAGGCGAUAGGAUCUGUUACGUUCAAUUUCCUCAAAGAUUUGAGGGGAUUGAUCCCAAUGAUAGGUAUGCAAACCACAAUACGGUUUUCUUUGAUGUGUGUAUGAGAGCUUUAGAUGGUUUGCAGGGUCCAAUGUAUGUAGGAACAGGCUGUGUCUUUAGGAGAACUGCUCUCUAUGGGUUCAGUCCUCCUCGGGCAGCAGAACAUCAUGGAUGGUUUGGUAGGAAGAAAAUUAAGUUGUUGUUGAGGAAACCUAAGGUCACAAAGAAGGAAGAGGAUGAGAUAGCAUUGCCAAUCUAUGGUGGAAACGACGAUGAUGACUUAGACAUAGAGUCUUUACUUCUUCCAAAGAGGUUUGGGAACUCCACUUCUCUGGCGGCCUCCAUUCCGGUGGCAGAAUUCCAGGGAAGGCUGCUUCAAGAUUCACAAGGAAAUGGAAACCAAGGUAGGCCAGCUGGUUCACUUGCAGUGCCUCGUGAGCCUUUAGAUGCUGCAACUGUUGCGGAGGCAAUUAGUGUUAUCUCUUGUUUCUACGAGGACAAAACUGAGUGGGGCAAAAGGGUUGGUUGGAUUUAUGGUUCUGUGACAGAAGAUGUGGUGACCGGCUAUAGAAUGCACAAUAGAGGAUGGAGAUCAGUGUAUUGUGUAACAAAGAGAGAUGCAUUUAGAGGGACAGCUCCCAUCAAUCUAACUGACAGGCUCCACCAAGUCCUUCGGUGGGCAACUGGGUCGGUCGAGAUAUUUUUCUCAAGGAACAAUGCACUCUUUGCCACUAGAAGAAUGAAGUUCUUGCAGAGAGUGGCAUAUUUCAAUGCAGGAAUGUACCCCUUCACAUCUUUAUUCCUCAUAGUCUACUGCAUUCUUCCUGCAAUUUCACUCUUCUCUGGGCAGUUCAUUGUCCAAAGCCUGAAUGUGACCUUCCUCAUAUACUUGUUGGCAAUCACAAUCACCUUGUGCAUGCUUGCAAUGCUCGAAGUAAGAUGGUCGGAAAUCACUCUCCACGAAUGGUGGAGAAACGAGCAAUUCUGGUUGAUUGGUGGAACAAGUGCUCAUCCUGCAGCAGUGUUGCAAGGGCUACUAAAGGUUAUAGCAGGAGUGGAGAUUUCGUUCACCUUGACAUCUAAAUCUGCUACACCGGACAAUGGAGAUGACGAGUUUGCAGAUCUUUAUGUUGUCAAGUGGAGCUUCUUGAUGGUCCCUCCAAUCACAAUAAUGAUGAUAAACAUGAUUGCAAUCGCAGUUGGUGUGGCAAGAACCAUGUACAGCCCAUUUCCACAAUGGAGCAAGCUUCUUGGUGGGGUGUUCUUCAGCUUCUGGGUUUUGUCCCAUCUCUACCCAUUCGCAAAAGGAUUGAUGGGAAGGAGAGGGAAGGUUCCGACGAUUAUAUAUGUGUGGUCUGGUUUGCUCUCCAUCAUCAUUUCUCUGCUUUGGGUGUACAUAAGCCCUCCAUCAGGGAGGCAAGAUUUUUCAAAUUUUAGCUUUCCUUGAUGGGUUCUGUUGCUGCUAUCUGUCCCUUGUAGACAAAAACAGCAUAGGAAGUUUCUCAACUUCGACUUGUAGUUGUAUUCAUUUCUCUGUCUGUUCAUUCAGAUUGUAAUGUAUUCUAAGUGCCAUGAAAUUGGAACUUUGCCAUGCGUAGAAUGAGUACUUCUUUCAUAGUUUUCAUGUGGUCCUCAAGAUGGAAUUCUUAGAGCUGGCAAUGACAUCGACUGUUCUGUC